UUAGUAGUGUUGUGAACAGGGAACAUAGAGAACUGAUGUCUCUGCACCACGGUGUGAACGAGCUUCACGGUGCCCACAAUCUUAACUCUUUCUCAGAGUCUGCAGACCUGACAACUAUAAACUGUUAUGAAACCUCGGACCCCGCAUUCACUAUAUGUGGUCUCCCCGGACCCCGCGUUCACUAUAUGUGGUCUCCCCGGACCCCGCAUUCACUAUAUGUGGUCUCCCCGGACCCCGCGUUCACUAUAUCCGCUCUCCCCGGACCCCCGCAUUCACUAUAUGUGGUCUCCCCGGACCCCACAUUCACUAUAUCCGCUCUCCCCGGACCCCGCGUUCACUAUAUGUGGUCUCCCCGGACCCCACAUUCACUAUAUCCGCUCUCCCCGGACCCCGCAUUCACUAUAUCCGCUCUCCCCGGACCCCGCAUUCACUAUAUUCGCUCUCCCCGGACCCCGCAUUCACUAUAUCCGCUCUCCCCCGGACCCCGCAUUCACUAUAUGUGGUCUCCCCGGACCCCGCAUUCACUAUAUCCGCUCUCCCCGGACCCUGCAUUCACUAUAUCCGCUCUCCCCCGGACC